AAGGUUCUGAACCAACCCCUUGGAUUAAUUCAGCGUAAACCGAAAACAAUCCGGUUUAGCCAGCUGAUUCAGUCCGUGUUCCAAUUACUGUACUUAACCAGGUGUACAACCAGAGUGUUAGGUUUCUUCGAGAUUAUUCUCGCGACUUGCGACUUCUCUCCUUCCUUCCUUCCUUCCUUCUCUGAGUGUCACCCUAUGCAAAAUCAAACCGUCGUGCCUUCGCCAUCGGUUUACAGGUUGGUGCAGGUAUAAUGUUGAAGCAAGUUGUUGGCAAGUAUUCGAUAGGCAAAGAAUUUUAUGGAAGUGACAGAGCAAAGCUUAGACCCUUCUUGUACCAAACCAACUGUGGAUUUCACAUUAGGCAGACUGUUCUUGCUCCGAGAAGCUUCUUCGGCGUAGAAGACUACGUCGACGAUGAUACAAGCCGACCAUACACAUACCAGAAAGAGAAAAAAUCGAAGAAUCCUGACAAACACGUCUCCUUCAAGCAGCGAACUGUCGCGUACAUGGAGCCAUUCACACUCGACGUCUUCAUCUCAAAACGUUUUGUAUCCGCAUCUCUCACGCACCGUGUCACUUGCAAGCAAGUCGCGGUCGCGGGAACAAACUCUAAAGACGUAAAAGCGGUGUUGAGAUCAAGAUGCGAUAUCCCAGCGUGCAUGUCUAUAGGGAGGAUCUUGUCUGAACGUGCGAAAGAGGCUGAUGUGUACACUGCUUCUUACACGCCGCGAGACCAAGACAAGUUUGAAGGGAAAAUCAGAGCUGUUGUCCAGUCCCUUAUUGAUAACGGAAUCGAUGUCAAAAUCUACCUUGAUUAGAUACCAAAAUGGUUUGGUUCUGUGUUUUAGAAAAAAAAAAACUAAGGUUUGACUUCGAAGUGUACUUGCUAUGUAUCUGUUUAAUCACCACAAAUAAAGCAUCAGUUCAUGAAUUCAACAAGA